AUGCAUGAGAAUAUCGUUGAUCUAUCAAAAGUGCAAUCACUAACUGUGAAUACAUCUGAUUGGCCAUUGUACAAAAUUGUUACAUUGAUUAAACGAGUAAUACCUUGUGUCAAUUAUCUUUGUUUAAAUUGUAUUCAUCCUAAACUUCAAUAUAAAACUUUUCCUAAUCUUUCAUUACCACAAAUUCAAAUAUUAUCCUUACUUCAAUAUGGACAAUUUAUAGGAAAUGAUACAUUCAAUUGGUCAAAACUUUUUCCAUGUAUCGAACGAUUAAUUGCUUCAAUUAAUUCGAAACGUCAGAUUUCAUCUCUUAUUGAUCAUUUCAAAAAUAUGAUCAGUGCUUUCUUUUCUAUUGAUCAUAAUCAUAUUGAUAUGAAUCAUUGA